UCACUCUCCUCCUCAACGAGUGAGCUAUGGCGAGAUCGAUGAGAGAAGUAGUUUCUUUCUUCUAGCCACUCUCCUCCUUUUCCAUCAUUUUGAUGUUCUCUUCUUCUGUAUUUGGAAUUUAGCUUCUGCAAGACACAUCCCUCUUUCUCUCUUUCUCGCUUUUUAUUUUGGCUCGAAUUUGGAUUUAAGAUGAGAAAUUUGGGGAAUUCUGCUUCUGCAAUGAGAUCUGUGAAGAAGGAGUUUAUUGUGAUGGACUUAGACGAUGAUGAAGAUGAAGUUGUUCCUUGUGGUGAAGUUACAGAAGAGUGUAUGAUGGAUGCUGAAGAAAUUAAUACUUCAACAGAUGCUGGGAAAACUAGACCUUCCAAGAUGCAACGGACUGGUUUUGUUGUCGCUUCUGAUGAUGAUGAUGGUGGUGGUGGUGAUGAUUGGGAUUCCAAAAUUGAUCAUCAGUAUAUGAUGUUGUUGGAUAGUUUUAGAGAAGAUGGGAAUUCAUUUCUGAGUGACAAUCCACUUAGGUCUAUUAGGUAUGAAGUAGAUAACGGAGGAUAUGACAAUCGCGAAUUUAAAGCAGUGUUUACAGAUAAGCCGAGUAAGGAAGAUCGAAACACUCUUCGUGUGACUAAGAAGAAGAAUGUUGAGUCAAAGCCUCAUGUUGAAGCAAGUUCAAAGAAGACAACAACGAAAGAAGCAGGUUUAAGGCGAAGAGAGAGUCGUGUGACUGAGAAGAGUGAUGAAGCAGUGCAUGUUACAAGUCAUGUGAAAAGAAACUCACAACAUAAUGGCAAUGCUAACGAGAACGAGAAUUCGGAGGAUCACCUGGUAUUCGAUAAAACUUACAAAGCUUAUCUCACAUGGUUAGUGGAGAAUUCGAAAAGUUCAAGAACUAAUCCUGAAAAAGAGAUUAAAGUAAAACUUGAGCAGGACUAUACAAUGUCUUUGUCCGAUUCUGAUUCUGAUAUUAUUGUUGGAGAUAGUCCCUUUAUGGAUGAGGAGGAUUCUCCAUUUGUUGCAUCAAAAAGUUAUAAAGUGAUUGAUCUUGAUGACGGGAGCAGUGAUGAACGCAGUUCUUGGUUUAGGAAGGAGAUAAUGAAUAUUCUGAAGCAGCCAUACACUGAAACAGAGCUCGUGAAACUUCACAAAGAAGCAUCAGUGCAUAGAGUGUCUUCCAGGCAUGUAGAACUACGAAAUGGAACAGAGUUUAGCUUUAAAACGGAAAAAGAGAGACCUUCAUAUCUCGAUGGGUAUCCAGACUUCAACAAGAUGUACAUUGAUACUUUACAUGAAAAGGAUGAGUAUAAAGCUCUGAACUUGUUGCGCGGGUUUAUCUUUUAUUUAACGAAUGUGGUUCGUGAUGAUGCAUUCAAACCAUGGCUCGAUCUUGAAUGUUUGAAGAUUAGAUGUUUCUGACAAAGGAGCAUCUGCACUUGGGAGUUCUGACACAAGAAUCCGUUUUCAUGGAAAAAUAAUUAGGAUAUGCAAGACCCUUGUUUCAUAAAAUAAGUUUCGGCAUGACUUGCUUUUAUUUGUGGAAAAUUAGCGUCACCAUUGUGUUGUAGUUCAUGUUCACCAGUUGGCAUCAGGUUCUGUAAUGUGAUUAUCUCUUCUCUGUCCUUUA